AGAAGUGAAAGCGCCAAAAGGGACGGUAACCGACAACCUAGGUUGUUGGGACCUGAGGCGUUUUCGGACAGUCGGACGAUGCCGUGACGCAGCAUAGAGACAGCGUUGGCAGUGUGAGCGCACCCUUGUGGAGGGAGCCCUUAAGUCGCAGAGGUGGCACGGCGUGGAGGCAGGUUGCUAUUUGAGGGUGCUCCCUUCGAGUGCUAGAGUGGGGGAGGGGUGGCGGACGAGGAGCGGUUCCCGUCUGCGCUUGCGCCUGCACCUCUGCCGACCCUGCCCGCACGCACACGCAUGCCCGCUGGUCGUGGAGCCGCGGUGGCUGGCGGCACUGCGCGUGCGCAUUGACGAGCCUGCCGAGGAGCGGCGCUGGCGGACGUCGGGCGAGCGGCGCGUGACGUCGUGAGGAGCGCUUUAAAGUGCGGGCUGGGCCGGGCGACUGAGGGUCUGGCCGGGAGUCAAGCCGAUCCUGCGCAGUGGCCCUCCGCGGCAUGAGGUGCUGCUGGUGCCCCUGCUGCCCGGGACGUGGAGAAGGUGGAGGAGGAGGAAGCCCCUUAGCCGCCACCGCUGCAUGACCCGCCGCCCCUGAGGUUCGACCCAGCGCCUGGUCUUUCGACUUCCCCCGGCGGGUCCUCGCAUGGGGGCCUGACGCUGAGGACCCCCUUCCCUCCGGGGGCCCCGGGGCAAGUCCCCCGAGAGCCAUGCCCGGCCGCCCUGCCCACCCCGAAGGACCCUAGAGCAGCGUCGCGGGGCUAUGGCGGCCGCCAGCGGUUACACGGACCUGCGUGAAAAGCUCAAGUCCAUGACGUCCCGGGACAACUAUAAGGCGGGCAGCCGGGAGGCAGCGGCGGCAGCGGCCGCCGCUGUGGCAGCCGCCGCCGCGGCCGCGGCCGCCGCCGAGCCUUACCCGGUGUCCGGGGUCAAACGCAAGUACCAGGAAGACUCGGACCCCGAGCGCAGCGACUACGAGGAGCAGCAGCUGCAGAAGGAGGAGGAGGCGCGCAAGGUGAAGAGCGGCAUCCGUCAGAUGCGCCUCUUCAGCCAGGACGAAUGCGCCAAGAUCGAGGCCCGCAUCGACGAGGUGGUGUCCCGCGCCGAGAAAGGCCUGUACAACGAGCACACGGUGGACCGGGCUCCGCUGCGCAACAAGUACUUCUUCGGCGAGGGCUACACGUAUGGCGCCCAGCUGCAGAAGCGCGGGCCCGGCCAGGAACGCCUCUACCCGCCAGGCGACGUGGACGAGAUCCCCGAGUGGGUGCACCAGCUGGUGAUCCAGAAGCUGGUGGAGCACCGCGUCAUCCCCGAGGGCUUCGUCAACAGUGCCGUCAUCAACGACUACCAGCCCGGUGGCUGCAUCGUGUCCCACGUGGACCCCAUCCAUAUCUUCGAACGCCCCAUCGUGUCUGUGUCCUUCUUUAGCGACUCCGCGCUCUGCUUUGGCUGCAAGUUCCAGUUCAAGCCUAUUCGGGUGUCGGAACCUGUGCUUUCCCUACCCGUGCGCAGGGGGAGCGUGACUGUGCUCAGUGGAUAUGCUGCUGAUGAAAUCACUCACUGCAUACGGCCUCAGGACAUCAAGGAGCGCAGAGCGGUCAUCAUCCUCAGGAAGACAAGAUUAGACGCGCCCCGGCUGGAGACGAAGACCCUCAGCAGCUCCGUGUUACCGCCCAGCUAUGUUUCGGAUCGCCUAUCAGGAAACAACAGGGACCCCGCUCUGAAACCUAAGCGGUCCCACCGCAAGGCAGACCCUGAUGCUGCUCACAGGCCUAGAAUCCUGGAGAUGGACAAAGAAGAGAACCGGCGCUCAGUGCUGCUGCCCGCACACCGGCGGAGGGGGAGCUUCAGCUCCGAGAACUACUGGCGCAAGUCCUACGAGUCCGGGGAGGACUGCUCGGAGGCCGCGGGCAGCCCCACGCGGAAGGUGAAGAUGCGGAGGCACUGAGGCCGCCGCGGCCUCUCUGGGACUCUGGUCAGCCCUCACGUAGCCACCCCGUUGUUUUGUUUUGAGGGGUUUUGUUUUUAUUUUUGUUUUUCUGACCCCUUUCCCCCCAUGGUUUGUUGCCUGUUAAGGCUGAAGAACAGAAUUAGUUCUUGGUUUUCCUCCUGGAUGGAAAGGCUGAGAGAAACUCACGCUGCAGUGGCCCUAGAGGCACGCCGGGCGACCAUCUUCAAGUGCGGCUGUGUCAGGCCAGUUUAAUUUAAAAGAAACAGAAUGUUUUGGUUAAGAAAGUUACGGUUUUGCUUUAUAUGUAAACCCUCCUCAGUGUUGUCAAUGAAGUUCAGUCUCCUCCCUUCCCUCCCCCUCCAUGUCAAAGCUGGGUUGAGACCUCCUGGGCCUUGCUGGCCGCACGGGGGUUCUGCCGUCCUUCCACCUGUCACCUGCUCUCCAGGCUCGGGAACGUCACGCAAGCACCCUCUUCCUCCUGUGGCGAAGUCAUUCGGGACGACGAGGCAGGGGCUUAAAGAACGCCAACCCCUGCACCCCAGGGCUCCUGGCUGGGCCCCGGGCGUCCUCCACGCCCAGCAGCCUGCUCUGCCUGCAGGUCCCUGGCUGCUCAGGGGCUGGUUGCAGGGGUCCUGGCCUCUUGCCAAGAGUACCGCUCUCUGCUGGAUUGCUCCUUUCAGGCAUAUAUGCGUGUGGUUGUAUGAACAGUUAGAGUUGCCAUGUUGGGGCGGUUUUAGGAAUUGUUUCUUGCUAGAGGGACUGGUGUCCUUCCAAGUCUAGCGAUUGGGGUAUGGAAAACUGUUGUGGUGUGUAGUAGGGACUUGUUUUCAGUUUAUUUUUUUCCUUCGGUCUCUUGUCGUUUUCCUCCCCUUUCCUCUCUCCGGCAUUGGCCAGUGUGGGCCUUCUCCCCACGCCAUCCCUGUAGGAAGGUGCCCGCCCCUGUCCACCUGCAGCCUCAGCCGGAGCUCAGGUUUGCACACUGGGUUGGUGUCUCUUCUGCUGUGGGGCAUGGGAGCUGGGAAGGAGCUUUUAAUAGUGAUAAAAGGAAAAAAGUAGUCUUUGGCAGUUUCCACCGACUCCGAUUCUCGAGGACUACAAGGCUUUGCUGGUCUGGGUCUGUUAGAAACGUCUCCUUGCCAGCCGGGGCCCAGGCCAGGCCUGCGGAGAGCAGAGGCGCUUGCAGUGCCCAGGCUGCUGCCACCGCAGGGGACCCCCGUUCCACAGAGGCCUGAGCCUGCGGCUGCAGGAGCCGGGCCACCACCGUCAAGAAACCCCUCGGGCCAGAGCGCCUUUGCCCGCGUGACUCCAGGUUGGAACUGCAUAACUAAAGCAGUUGCAGGGGGUUUUUUUGUUUGUUUUUGUUUUGUUUUUUUAAAGCUUUUUUCCCCAAAAAUGAUUUGUAGUUGUGUGUGCAGCACUUUGCCUUCAUACGUGUGCUCUACAAUAAAAACCAAAUCUAAUAUAUUUUGAAACAGUUGUCUGAUCCUGUCAUGAGAGAGGGCCUGCCUUUGGUGCUUCCUUAAUCCCUUUAUUUUCUCUUUAAACUCUAAACAGGGGGUUGGUGGAGGGCAGAGCCUACUGCCCACCAGGGCUCCCUAGGAGAGACCAGUCGCUGACACAGGGCUGAGGGCUGAAGGUGGACUUGUCUUCUGCUUUUUCUGCCACGCCCAGAAGGACAGGUUUCAUAAGCCACGUGUCUGGGUGCCCAGGGUGCUGUGGCUCGUACCCUGGAGUCGGGAUCGUACGCUGCUGAGUUCUGGAAGCCUUUCCACCUGGGGUGAUCGUGGAGGCUGUGUGCCGUGAGGGAGGGCAGCGUGAGCAAAGGCAGCAGGUAGAGCCUGGUCUCGGUAGAAGAUGUGUAAGUGGUUUUGCUCAUUCAACAAAUUCUUGAGUUCUUAUAGUCUGGCCAAGCCCACGCUGGGGCCCCGGUAGUGAGCAAAACUUUUCUGGUCCUGGCUUUCAAAAUGCACGCAGUAGAGUUCUGGCACACGGAUACAGGCGCGAGACAGACACUUGGGGACGGAAUGGGAUUGCGGCCCACAGGGUUUUACCUCCUCCGGAUCCCGCACCCGGCCCCCAGGUUUUGGUCAAGGGCUUUGGUGCAGGGGUCCCUCAUUCGCUUCCAGUGCCCAGAGCCAGCCUGCUAGGCCAAAUUCUUGCUGUGGGAACCUGGCAGGCCACUUAACUGUCCAUUUAACAGUGAGGAGAGUCCAGAUGGGACGAGAUGCCCGCCGGGGCUCAGUCCUGCAGAUUGCUGACAGGUCGGCCAGCUGGGCCCGCAGGGGUAGGCGCUGGGCUGCGGACUGGGCCCUGGGUGCCCCAGAGAGGAGGCACUGGGACUGAGAGGGAAAGUGACUUGCGAAAGAUCGUGUAGGCUGUACAUGACAGAGGCGGGCACCCCCGGCUCCGUGCCUGGGCCUGACUAGGAGAAUGGGAUGGGGGCUGCCAUGGAGAACUAGGGGGCUGAGGGGGACUCUCUUCUGCAGCUGUGACAAAGCCAGACUCUGAUUUCUCCUAGUUCUUGGGGGAAAGAGGCCCUUGGCCCAGCAGGAGGGAGGGACAGGAGAGGCUAAGGAAAGGGGGUCCAGCCCCAGCAAGGCUGCUGUGUCCUUGGCUUCAGGGUCUGCACCCGUACAGUGGCUCCUUAGUGCCCUCUCUCUCGGCCUGUGACAAUCCUUUGAACAGUCCCCAAGCCUGCAAAGGCCUUAAGGAACCUGACUUCCUGAAUCUGACUGUUCCCAGCCGUCUCCUGGGGCACCAGCUGUCUGGGCUCGGUGCUGUGCCCCAUCAGUCUCUGCCCCCAGCCCAGUCCUGCACACAGUAGGUGCUCUAACAACAUCUGGCACCAGUACUGCCCACCUGGGGAGCCCAUCCCAUUUCUCCAACCCUGUUAUGUGGUGGGGGAAACAGAUCCAAAGUCAUGUUCAUUCAUUCAAAAACUAUUUGAGUAUCCUGUUGUGUGCCAAGCUCUGUGCUGGGUGCUGAGGAUACAAGACAGACCUGGUAUAUGUCAUAUACACACGUUAUUAUAAAUUGUACUGAUAUAAAAGAUGUGUAGCACAUAAAUUACAAAUAAAAUAUACAGUACUCUUUAUUAUAAAUUCUGUAUAACUGGUCGUUUUUCACAAUGCUUUUGUUGAUUUCUUUUUGGGGGCGGGGGGAGCUGAAUUCUUAUGUUUGUAGCCUAUCUGUGGUGCUAAUUCAGAAUUGCCACAAUAUGGUAAACGGAAUUGCAUCCCAUCUGCUUGUAUUAGUUUCCUGCGGCCGCUGUAACAAGUUACCACAAGUUUACCACAAACAACAGAAAUGUAUUUUCUCACAGUUCUGGUGGUCAAAAAUCCAAAAUAGCUCUUACUGGGCUGAAAUCACAGUAUCAGCGGGGCCAUGCAGCUCCUGGAGACUCCAGUCCUUACCCGCCAACAUCUCCUGGACUUGUGGCCACAUGGCCUUCUCUUCUGUUUACCAAAUCUCCCUUUGCCUCCCUCACUAGGACACUUGUGUGACUGGAUUUAGGGCCCAGCUGGAUAAUUAAAAAUAAUCUCCCAUGUAAAGGUUUUUGUUUUUUUUUUUAGAUUUUAUUUAUUUUUAGAGGGGAAGGGAGGAAGAAAGGGAGAGAAACAUCAGUGUGUGGUUGCCUCUCACACGCCCCUUCCUGGCCUGCAGCCCAGGCAUGUGCCCUGACUGGGAAUUGAACCAGCAACCCUUUGCUUCACAGGCCGGCCGGCGCUCGGUCCACUGAGCGACACCAGCCAGGACCCAUGUGAAGAUCUUUAAUCACAUCUGCAAGGUAAAAAAGUAUAAAAUGUGAAAAAAUUUGUAAGUUCCAGGGAUUAGGACCUGAUAUUUUUGGGGGCCACUGCUCAGCCUACUACACUGCUCUUUUACCAGUAAACUUAUUGUCAUUAAAUCUGAUACAUGACCUACUGAUUUCUCAUCGUUGAACAAAUUGUUAAUUGGAUUGAAAUUUCUCAGCCUCAGCACUACUUUUAAAUUCAAUCUGCAUCAAUAAUGUUUUCCCUCUCUACUUCUUAAAUCUAGACCUGUGCUGUCCAAUACAGCCGCCCCUGGACAAUUCGGCUGUUUAACACCUGAGGAUGUGGCUAGUUUGUAUUGAGAUGUGCUUUAAGUGUAAAACACAUACCAGAAUUUGAAGUUAGGGUGAAAAAGAGAGUGUAAAAUACAUCAUUAGUUACUUGAUACUGAUUAUGUGUUGAAAUAAUAUUUUGGACAUACUGGGUUA